AUGGAGUCGUCGGAGAUCGAAGUGGUACCUCUCGAUUCCAACUCUCACCAAAACCCUACCGAAUCGCCAACCAUCACAGACGUCUUCUCCGCCUCUGCUUAUGGCGAUCUCCACCAACUUCAGCGUCUCGUCGAACAUGGCGGUUCUUCUCUUUCGCUUCCCGACGCUAACGGCUACUUCGCUCUCCAAUGGGCUGCGCUAAACAAUCACAUCGACGUUGCUCGAUACAUCAUCGAGCACGGAGGUGAUGUUAAUGCAGCUGAUAACAUACAUCAGACACCAUUGCAUUGGGCAGCCGUAAAAGGCUGCAUUGAUAUUGCAGACCUUCUACUGCAAAACGGAGCUCGAAUUGAAGCCGCUGAUGUGAAUGGGUUCAGGGCCGUGCAUGUUGCUUCUCAAUAUGGACAAACAGCCUUCUUGAAUCACAUUAUUGUGGACUAUGCGGCAGACUAUAAUGCACUAGAUAAUGAAGGGAGGAGUCCGCUACAUUGGGCUGCUUACAAUGGAUUCACAGAAACAGUCCGCUUACUUCUCUUCCGGGAUGCGUGUCAAAAUAGACAAGAUAACACAGGCUGCACUCCGUUGCACUGGGCCGUGAUUAAGGAAAAUGUUGAGGCUUGUACUCUAUUAGUUCAUGCUGGAACCAAGGAGGAACUGAUAUUGAAAGAUAACACUGGAUCCACGCCACUUAAGCUUGCAUCUGAUAAAGGUCACAGGCAGCUCGCUCUGUUCCUUUCAAAGGCAAUGCAAACUCAUAAUAAUAGUCUUGUAAACAAGAUCUUCUGUGGACAUUUGGGAGCAGGCUAUGCUCCUCUGUUGUUCUCCUUAAUAGUCAUUCUUAUGGUCCUCUUCGUCACAUCCAUUGUUGCAGCUUCUAAUCUCCCGAAGAUAACUGCUAUGGUUGGACUGUGGGCAUGGUUCGGUUUUUCAUGUGGCGUUUGCUCACUGAUAGCUUUCCGUCGUUGUAGCAGAAAGGAUCCCGGGUUCGUUAAAAGAACUAAUGAAGUUGACGGCGAUCAGACUGCCAGUGAUCCUUUGAUGAAUAUCAAUUUCAACAACCCCUCAUGGAAAGGAAACUGGUCCCAACUCUGCCCCACUUGCAAGAUAAUUAGACCGGUGCGAUCUAAGCACUGUCCCACCUGUAAGCGCUGCAUUGAGCAGUUUGACCAUCACUGCCCCUGGAUUUCCAACUGUGUUGGUAAGAAGAACAAACGCGACUUCUUAGUCUUUGUGAUCCUGGGAGCUUUAACAUCAUUUGUUGGUGGCACAACUGCUGUUCAAAGAAUAUGGAAAAGCAUCCCACAGAUGCACCCCAGGGAAUCAUGGAUUCAAUAUGUAGUCAUCGAACAUCCUGGCGCUGCCGUGUUUAUGUUUUUCGACUUACUUAUUUUCAUUGCGACAAUGAUGUUGACCAUUUCACAGGCGUAUCAGAUAGCUCGGAAUAUUACAACCAACGAAUUAUGGAACGCGAAAAGAUUCAGUUAUUUGCGGGGGUCUGAUGGAAGAUUCUACAACCCUUAUAACCAUGGCUGGCAAAGAAACUGCACCGAUUUCUUGGUUCAUGGCUACACCAGAGACGACGAGGUUGUCCUGUCUUCAAUUCUCUAA